AUGAAACGUCCAAAAACAAAAUAUCGAUCUGUACCUAUAACUGACAAUCAUAUUCCUGAAAGUCCAUUCAAUCAUCAAUUUCGUUUUGUUGAUAAAAAUGGUCAUAUUAAUACAAAUUAUUCAUCAAUUGAACAUAUAAAAAAUAUGCAUUCAAAUAUAAUUUUAUUUAUUAUGAAAUCUGAGUGGUGGAUUGUAUUAACAAUUGUUUUAUUUGGUUUUGUCAUAAGUUGGUUUUUUUUUGCAUUUCUCUAUUUUCUUGUUUCAAUUGAACAUGGAGAUUUUGUUUUAAAUGAAGAACAACAAGCUUUAUUAGAUAAUCAAACAAAUUCUACACGUUAUUAUUCCAAAACUGAACGAGAAAAAUGUGUACAAGAUGUACAUAAUUUUUUAAGUGCAUUACUUUUUUCUAUUGAAACUCAACAUACAAUUGGUUAUGGUUCAAGAUAUAUUACAACUGAAUGUAUGGGUGGAAUACUUGUAUUAACUCUUCAAUCAUCACUUGGAUAUUUAUUACAAGUUAUUGUAACACAAAUUGUUUUUACGAAAUUAUCAAGACCAAAAGAAAAAUCACAAUUUGUUGUGUUCAGUGAUAAAGCACUUAUUGUACCACGAGGUAAACUAUUAACUAUGACAUUUCGAAUAGGUAAUUUAUCUGCUUCUCAAUUAAUUUUUGCUGGUGUUCGUUUAUUAAUGAUACGUAAACGACGAACACUUGAAGGUGAAAUUAUUCCUCAUCAUAUAUAUGAUAUGGAAAUAUCACAUCUUCGUAAUGGUCAAUUAUUUUUCCCACGACCAAUUGUUGUUGAACAUAUUAUUAAUUCUCGUAGUCCUCUGUAUGGUGUUCAACGAGACACAGUCGAUAAAGAACAUUUUGAAAUCAUUGCUAUUAUUGAAGGUAGUUUUGAUUACACUGGAUUUUCAUGUCAUUUUCGCACAUCUUAUUUACCGAAUGAACUUGUAUGGGGUUUUCAAUUUUCAACAUGUCAAUCAACAUUAAGUGGAUUUGAUUUUGCAAAAUUCAAUGAUGUUAAACUGGUUUAUGCUUAUCCAAUUUGGAAUUAUGAAGAACAAGAAGAAGCAGACAAUACUUCAACAACACCUAGUUCACCAAUUAAUUCAGUAUCUUUCUAUUCUAAAUAUUUAACGGAAUCUAGUUAUUAUGAAAAUCUUCCACGACAAAAAUCAGCGGAUGAAACUAGUCUACUUAAGAAGAGAUUUAGAAAAUUAGAAACAAUCAAAUCAUUUAGAAGUUCUAGUUUUAAAGAAAUAUCAAUAAUAGAUGAUUAUGAUGAUGAACAAAGCGAAAUAGAAAAACUUUCACCUACAUUGAGUGAACAAAAUAAUCAAUUAGCAAUUUAUCGUAAUUAUCCAUCACAUGAAAAAUUUUCCAUUGAAUAUCAAAAACAAGAAAUUAAUCAUUGUGCAGAUCUUUUACAACAAUGGCUUGAUAAUUAUAAUGAUGAUGAUCAAAUUAGUUAUGAAACCGAUGUUUAUUUCGAUUGUGUCGAACAAUUCAAAGAUGAAUGUGAUCCUACGGAAGAACAAAAACUUUAUAAUAUUGUUCAUGAGGAAUCUCUAACAACAAAUUCUCAUAAUCAAUUAUAUGAUGAUAAUUUUAUUCCUGUAUCAACUACUGAUCAACCAUGGCUCUCUGAGAUUUGGUUAUCAGUACAUCGGAAAACAAGUUUAUUUCGUCGUUUUAUUAAUUAUUUUUAUCGAUCUAGAAAACAUUCAUUACCUAAACUAGCAGAAGAAUUUGUUCGUUUAUAUGCUGGACAUUUUAAUCAUCCAGUUGGUUUUCGUUUUCACAUAUCACAUGAAAAAGAAAAAUGGCUUCUUAUUUUAACUAAUAUAACACUUGUUCAUUAUUCCGUCUAUCCAUAUCCGUCAACACGAAUUGUAUUCACUCGUAAAGGUUUAUCAUAUAUAGCAAGAUAA